GACCUGGAGCCCAAAAAGGAGCACCACAACAUUGACACAGUGGUCACCAUGAAAAGCAGCCGUGCUCGGGUACGAUGCGACACUUGAGGAUCUUCAGGUAGUUCUGGAUUUUGUCCGAGUCGCGGCGAAAGCAGUAGAGGAGCUCGUGGUCUUUCAUCAGGCGCCACUCGCCGUUUUCCGAGGGCGGGAGAUCCUCCCGGGACGACGGGCUGCUGACGGAGUUGCUGAUCAUCCCAAGCGUCUGCAUCUGAGGCACGAAGUACUGCUCCUGGUCGGUGCACACGGCCAUCCGACAGGGAAAUAUCAAAAGGUCUGAUGUCAUGUAAAUGUCAUCGUUCACGGGAGUACAGCAGUGAUGACUGGGUGUACUACAAUGCAAUGCGAGAUCCAAUCCGAACGAGACGACCCUGGCACGUUGGCCCCUCGCCCUCUUCAGGCUGACCGGCUGUGGAGCGGGUCGACUCAACGGCAAUCCGGGCCCGGAGGUUUGGUUACAGUUUGCCAGGAUGCAAACGUCACCUGGGUACUCACUGUCAGUGUUUGACAGUGUGUGUGGCAUUGCGUUUAUUAACAUACGGGUGCGUAUUCAAAUUAGAAUAUAGUCGAAAAAUUCAUUGCAGUUGUUCAAUUCGUAAAGUCGAACUCAUAUGAACACACACACAUUGGAACAUUUCAAGUUUUAAAUCAGAGCCUACAGUUAACGGAAACCUGACAUUCACCAUUUCGAGAAAACAAUUUUACGUGACAAUGAAAAUUCCUUUUAAUAGAGAAAUUAGGUGGGGCUUUUCCCAUAUUUUGAAGGAAUUGUUCCACUUGAACUACUGAAAUAAAUGCAAUGAUAGAUUUGUUGAGAUGCACCUGUAAGACCACACAUUUAAGAGGUGGUGUCAUUUUUAAUAUGACAAGUGUUUUGACAGACAGAAAUUCCAACUAACACCGCAGACGUUUUUUUUAGUUCCAAUAAAUAUUUGUAUUAAAAUAAAACCUAGUUUGCCAAUGUAAGAAAUCUGAAUAAAAAAUAGCCAAUUAGGCCGUAACUGAGCGUGCCUUCGAUGUAUUCUCCGAACCAACAGCACCGUUCAUAACCUCGAAACGUCGUAUGUCGAUCACAUUCAUCGGAAGUCGGUUCAUAGCCGAAGGGGCUUCUUGGUCUCUAUCGCCCUCUGCUGUAAGAGGCUAAUAGCAUGCCGUAGAAGAUAUUUAUCUUCAACACAUUUUCCAUAUUGUGGGAAAAUAUUGGGAAGAAUUUACUGUUUCAUGUAAAACAACACGUGUAACGUACGACGGAAGAAGUCACUGCUGUCUCUCAAAUUUAAUCAACUUCAAAGCCCGGGUGGUGGGCGGGGUGAUGUUAACACGUUCAUUAGCUCCAAAUCGCCGCCCGCGCGCAGGACGCCGCAUCGUAAAACGAGCGUCUCCCAAUAACGAAGCUCUUUCGUGGCAGGAAGUUCGUUGCCUGUCACAGCCAAGAUGGCGGCGUCCGCAGCCGAUGAAAACACCACCGAAAAUGUGUCAGAAGAGUCUUUAAAUCCCGUUUUAACAGACUGUCCUGACAACGCGAGUUUUUCGGACCUUUCCGACGAAAUGCGUGACUAUGUGGAGGGGUUUAUAGAGAAAGAGGUGGGCAGUGACGUCAAAUCUCUGAAGAACGUCGGCAGCCUUCUGGAGAAAUUAAAAGAGGAGAAUAGAAUAUUGGAAGAGCAGGUAUUGACGGUAUCCAGCUCAGUACCUCCCCAGGUGUCUGCAGCUCUGUCUGCCGCCGAAGAUGCCAGCUCUUCUUUGGAAGAACUUCUGCAAAGGGAGAAACUCAUCUCCACAAAACUGCAACAGCACCUGCAGGGCGCCCAGCCUUGGAUGGAUGCUCUCAGCCAGAAGCUGGGCCAAGCGGAGACAAUAGAAAGACACACGAAGUACCUACAUUGCCUUCAGCACAUUGAAGAGCUCAGCGGCGUCGUCCAGCAGUGUCUGAUGACGAGCGGCGUGUGGGAGGCCAUCAGGGCCGUGGAGAGCAUGGCCGUGACGGACGCCGGCCUGAGCCAGUCCAAAUGCUCUCACCUGCGCGACUUCCUCCGAGAAACUCUUCACUUCUGGCACAAGAUUAUCAAGGAUCGACUGGCCGGGGAUUUGGAGAAGGUGUUGACCCAGCUCCACUGGCCGAUCGUCUCCCCUCCGACCCAGUCCCUCACGCCCGCCGCCAACGGGCAAGAGCUGGCCAGUCAGCUGGAGCUUCUGGUCACACAGCUGCUGGCCCUGCAGACGUCCGACGACCUCAUCUCUGAGAGGACGUCGCCUCCCUCCAAAGCCGAAAGUCGGCCAGUUACUUCUCCCCGAGCUUCUCCGCUCUGCCUGCCGAUCCAGAUCAUGCUGCAGCCGCUCAGCAAGAGGUUCCGAUAUCACUUCUACGGCAAUCGACAGACCAACUCCCCCGGCAAGCCAGAGUGGUACCUGACUCAGGUGCUUAUGUGGGUAGGGUACAGCACAACCUUCAUGGAGGAAAAGAUCCAACCUAUCCUGGACAGAGCCAAUGCCACCAUCAAUGCCAGGGCGGAGCUGUGUCGGGGCCUUGUGUCUUUAGUCCAGGAGAAGGUGGCGGGCGACGCGUCCCGCCUGCUGUACGACGACACCCUCUUUUGCCACCUGGUGGAGGAGGUGCUGCAGUUCGAGAAGGAGCUGCGGCGCAACCACUCGUACCCGGCGCCUCUGCCCGGCCUGCUCCACCUGCUCCUGGAUGACGCCGUCCUGCAGAAGUGGCUGACGGUGGAGAAGAAGACGGCGCUGGAGAAGGUGGACGCCAUGUUGUCGGCAGAGGGAGCGUGGAGCUCUCAAUACAAAGACAUCCGAGACAUGGAUGAGCUGAAGUCCCCGGAUUGUGCCGAAAUGUUCAUGACCCUGCUCGAGGUCAUCACAGACCGCUACCGGGAAUUACCUUGUCCAUCUGCACAGCUGAAGUUUCUGGAACUGCAGAAAGAGCUGGUAGAUGACUUCCGUAUACGACUCACGCAGGUGAUGAAGGAGGAGUCGCGCUGCCCGCUCGGACCGCGCUAUUGCGCCAUACUCAACGCCGUCAACUACAUUUCCACCAUCCUGACGGACUGGGGAGACAACGUGUUUUUCCUGCAGCUGCAGCAGGCGGCCGUGUCCCUGGGCGACGAGGCGGCGGCAACGGGAGGCCUCGGGGUCACGGAGACGGGUCGCCUGGCCUCUCUGGAGAGCUCGCUGUUCGACGGCCUGCUGGCCCUGCUGGAUCGACUCCGAGGAGACAUGACGGGCCGGCUGCUGGACGGCAUCAUGAGGGACGUCACGGAAAAAGCCAAAGCGUACCGCCGAGACAGGUGGUUCUCACAUCCGUCCCAGCACGACAUGUCCGCCACGUCUUUGUCCAGUUCUGCGUGUCCCAUGAUGCUUUGCAUCAGGGACAGUCUGUUGAACCUGCAGCAGGUUUUAAGUCUGUCUCUGUUCCAGCUGGCAUGGCAGGGCCUUGCAGAGAGACUGGACAGCUUUCUCUAUCAGGAAGUGGUGCUGUCCAAUCAUUUCAGCGACGGAGGAGCAGCUCAGCUUCAGUUCGACAUGAUCAGAAAUCUUUUCCCUCUUUUUGGUCACUACUGCAAAAGACCUGAAAACUUUUUUAAGCAUGUGAAGGAGGCCUGCAUCAUCUUGUGCCUCAACGUGGGUUCCGCUAUCCUGCUGAGGAACCUCAUCAAAGAGUCCUCAUCGGGGGAGGACGCGGGGGAUCGGACGGGAAGGGACGACCCCUCGCCGCAGUCCGCCUUGAACGAGUUGGGAGUUUACUACUUGGCCCCCUGCGACGUAUUAAUUCUCAUCAACCUCAGAGCCUCCUGGCCUGAACAGUGACACUUUGAUCCCAAUGAAAUCAAUCCACAAUUUAACAUGAGAUUUCUACGGUGUAGUAAAUGUAUGUUGACCUAUUUGUCGUCAUUGGAAAAUACAAGAGUUCUUCCCUGGAACAUCAA